UGUUUCACGCAGUUCAUCCAGCUAGCUGCUAACUACUGCUAUGCUAUCAAACAGGUUGCAGCCUACGCACCGUUGCCGCUGAUACAUGUAAUGUCGUUGUAAAAGGGGACUUUGACAACACAUGUAAGAUCGGUUGAACAUGCGGAAACUUGACUGUAUGUAAAGAAAAUCUUGAAAAUGGACAAGCAUCUCAAAGUGUCGUCGGCUGGUCAAAAGCAUCAGAUGGGACAGAGGAAGGACUUUGUGGAGCCGCACACAACACCUGUGGUUUUACCAAACCCCUAUUUGUCCGACCAGGGUUUAAAAGGGAACAGGCCAGGUGUGAGCCUUAAGCAGAGUCCAUCUAAAACAAGUGGAGCUCCCGCAGGAAGAGGUGGAGAAGUGUCGAGGACUCAUGGCUACAGCAGCACCCGCCGUGUUAGAGAGACCAAUAAUGGUUUCUUGCAGAGAGACAGGACUGAACGGGACCCACAGACUUCAAAACCCAACAACUACUCUCCUGCUCAGGGUAGAGUAAUGGGUAAGAACCAACAGGAUGCACAUAGAAAGGGCGUCCGAGGCGCCAGAUCUGCCCCAAACUCUGCCGAGAAGUCAAAACCAUCAGAGCCAGCCUCGAUUCCAUUUGAGGUGAAGAUGACUGAUUUCCCAGAGCUAGCUGAUAUUACACGAAACAAGGCAGGCCCUCCUCAUGUUCAGAAAGAAUGCUGGGGUCCUACUUCUCAAAGAUUGACCUCUUCCUGGAAGUCUGGAGAGAGAAGUUUCCCUACACAGUCGGACCCCCAACAAACUGCCACUAAUACUCAGCCAGAUUCCUCUGCUGGUGCAUCAGAUCAGCCAGUGGUGACUUCCUGGGCUAAUGUCGCCUCUCAGCCUCCAAAGAAACCUGUCCCUGAAGAAAAGACAAUCAGCAGUAAAAACAUUCAGAUGGAGGAAAUGAAUGCCGAGCAGGAAGACGAAUCCUCAGGAAAGAAAAGACGUAAGAAAAAGAAGAAGAAGGCUAAAGGUGCUGGUGAAGAUGUAGAAGCUCAGUCCGAAGUUACAGCAGUUUACCAAGAGCCCCCAAAAUUUGAGGAUGAAGAGGAGUUUCCAGGCUUGAGUGUUGGUUUUACUGGAACGAAUAGAUGGAUAACAAGCACACAUGCAGUAAAUCUAUGCAAUGAGGAAAACCAAAGAGGAAGUGUUCAGCAUCAAAGUGCUGGACAAACCAAGGAAACACCGACUGCAGCAAAAACUCUGCCCACAGAGACAGCUAAAAAGGCACAGAAAGCUGAGAAGGUGUCUGGGAAGAAGAGCAAAGUUCCUGUUCAGCUGGACAUUGGAAACAUGUUGGCAGUCCUGGAAAAGAAGCAGCAAUCUCAGAAAGCCAAGCAGGAUGCCAAGCCAGUAAUUCUUUCAGUUGGUGGAGGACUUCCUGUAGUCCAGAAACAGCCAUUAGUCCAGAAGAAGGUGCCGUGGCAGCAGGAUAAAAUUGCUCACAAUCCCCUGGACUCCACCAGCCCUUUGGUAAAGAAAGGGAAGCAGAGAGAGGUGCCCAAAGCCAAGAAACCCACUCCCCUUAAGAAGAUCAUUUUAAAAGAAAGGGAGGAGAGGAAACAAAGACGCCUGCUGGACGAGAGGGGGCUGCUGCCUGAAGAUGAGUUAAUUUUGGACAAAGCUGCAGAAGAAGAACAGUGUGACACAAAUGCCACAGAUGAGGUCGGGAGUCCUACAGAGGAGCCUGUAGAGGAUCAGUCAGAGUUUAAUGUCUCAAGCCAGAUGGAGAAAGACAUCGAUCAAGAGCCCGACAAAGAAGAAGAAGAAACUGCAGAGCAACAAACCCCUUCAGCCAAGACACUCCCAACCAAUAGACCAAAAAUCCACAGCAGAAAGUUCAGGGACUAUUGCAGCCAAAUGCUGAGUAAAGAAGUGGACAGUUGUGUGACGGAUCUGCUGAAGGAGUUGGUUCGUUUCCAGGACCGCCUGUACCAGAAGGACCCCAUGAAGGCCCGCAUGAAGAGACGCAUUGUGAUGGGGCUCAGAGAGGUCCUGAAGCACCUCAAACUCAGGAAGGUCAAAUGUGUUGUCAUCUCACCCAACUGUGAACGCAUCCAGUCAAAAGGAGGCCUGGACGAGGCUCUAUACACAAUCAUAGACACUUGUCGUGAACAGGGGGUGCCUUUUGUUUUUGCCCUCUCGAGGAAAGCUUUGGGCCGAUGUGUCAACAAGGCAGUGCCUGUGAGCCUGGUUGGCAUCUUCAACUAUGAUGGUGCACAGGACUUCUACCAUAAGAUGAUCGAGCUGUCAUCGGAGGCCAGGCAAGCAUAUGAGGUGAUGAUGUCGAGCCUGGAGCAGACAGCGAACACUGAGGAAGAGCUGGAGAUCAGCAGUCCAAUUGAGGAGUCUGAGACCGGUGCAGACACCACACAGCCAGAGGAAGCAGAAUACAUCAACAUUUGGAAGAAAAUGUUGGAGAAGGACUACAACCACAAAUUGUUGAACUUGGAGGAGCAGAUGAGCUCCAUGUGCUUGGACAGUGAAUUCACUGAAAUCCUGAAUGAAGAUGAAGAGAGUUGACAGUGGCCAACCUUCUGUGCCUAAAAGGAAAACAACGCGAUAAUCACCAGCUUAGGAAAAAGUAGAGUGGACUUAAGCUCAAUCUGGAGAUUGUGUCAGGAAAUGAAUCAUGUUGAUAAUGUUUUCAAUUAAUCAUGAAAUCCUAUGUUUUCAUUUUAGGAAGUUUACAUGAGUUUAUAUUUUUGUGUUUGAGUUCAAGAUAAUCAAGAUAAUUGAAGAUAAUCAAACCGAGGCUAUGAGAGGGUGCUUGUGGGUUAUAAACUGGAGAGGUAAAACGCUGACUUAUUGGACCAGUCCAGUCAUUCAAAGAUCCCGCAAUAUGAAUUUUCAGUCAUUAAUCUUUGAUCAUGUCCAGAGGAUGUUUAGAGGUUUACGUAGUAAAUGGGAGCAGAAUGUCAGUCAGUUAUUAAAUACUAAGGCACUAUCAGUGAAGUUUUUACACUGUGGUUUUGAACCUGGAGCUGUUCGAAGGCAUUUGUUUUUCUUCUGUUCAUAAGCUUCCUUUUUCCUUUUUAAAACAACAAAACAUGUUUGCUUUUGUUUGACUCGGACAGAGUGUGACCUGGAAGUGAAGGGAGACAUAGGACAGUGGGCAUUGCAAUUCCAUGGUCAGGGUCUUACACAGGCUCAUAUGAGGACCAAUCAGUACAUCCCACUGUGGAAAGACGUUUAAAACAAACAUUUUUGGGGCUUUUUAUGACCUUUAUUGGGUAGGAGAUGUAGAGUGAGAGGAAACGUGGGAAGUUGGGUAUUAAAUGCACCAAAUGGCAUCAGGACCGCGAGUCGAACCGGCGGCCGUAGUGACGAGGACUUUAGCCUGAGUGCGUGGGGUGCCUCCUCUACCAACUGAGCUAACACUAUUUUCUUUGCAUUUCUUUGCCUAAUGAGUCAACACUAUACAUCAAUUGCCUCCUUAACCAGCUGUGAAUUGGUUCAUAGGAUUAGUUACUUCAGUGUAACACAGUGUGAGCGUAUGUUUCACAAAUAGUUUCUCCUCUUAUUCUGUACUCAGAUCUAUGCCAAAGCACUUCAUUUUAUAGCUGUCGGGUGCAUUUUAUUAAGGUUAACAAAGGUGUGUUUCACAACCAGUGAAGUAUAAAUUAUGUCUGAACAUAAUUCCAUUGUGUUACUCAUCUUCAUACAUCUUGUGAUUAGCUGUAAAUGGUAUCAUUUCUGGAGUAUCACGUGCACCACUGUGAUUAUCAAUUUUCUAAUCUGAUUUUCCAAAAUCAGGAAGUGAUUUUCUCUAAGCGGUGAAUUGAACGUAUCCAUAAUAUUCUUUACUUUGAGGUGGUUCAAUAAAGUCUGUGGUAGUGAACAAUUCAAACUGUGAACAAUAGGAAUGUAGGACCUGAAUGACACAAAAGUCGUAAUGUUCUUGUGAAGAUAUAUUUUUUGAUUCAGUUCUUUAAUGCAUCCAUUAAUAUGAACUCUUAUUUAAUAUGGAGUACAGUCACGUUUCCUGGGAAAAUGUAAAUACAUACCAUAAUGCACUAAUGUCAUUUUUCUGUUUAUAAUGAAAAUGUGCUGAUUGUUUAGAAGAAAAGUCGAUAAGUGUGAUUUGCAAUGAGGUCAAAUUCACAACCUAAAAUUUCAGACUGUUUCAAAAAUUCAUCUUUUCUUUUAUCAUGAAACAAACUUUCAAUAAACAUUUUCAAAGUGAA